AUGUCUCCCCUGUUUCGGUUUGAUGCCGUCCCUUUCGUUGUUGGUCUGCUAGCGCUGGUAGCGCUCGGACUCUUCAAACUGAGACAGCGAUCCUCGCGCGUGCACUCAACGCGCGAUCAAACGACUGUAGCUGGGAAGCCCCGCACACAGGAGAGAGAACCCGGAGAGUGGACACCCGCAACAUUCGACUAUCCCCAGCUCGAACCAUGCACCGAUGAACUGAACACGAUCAAGCCGAUCCCGUAUCGUCCCUUCCGAUGGGGAGAGUACCAUGUUACAAUGGGCAUUCGCAAUAUGUCCUGGAACGAAUGGAUAGAGAUCGACCAGAACUUCGUGGCUCAUCACCGGUUGAGAGAACAUCGCAUCCGUACUCGUGGUGAGCGAGUGGUCAGAGUACAUGAUGCUCAACCGGGGAUCGUCGCUUCCGGCCAUAACGCAGCGCGCGAACUGGUCUACGAGCUCGCAGAAUAUCUGUCCAGACGCUACCCUGACAUCUACCAUGUUACGCGCAAGAACAAGAGUGAGAAGGGAACAUACAGUUGGUACGGUGAAGGGCAGGUCCAGACAAUCACCAUCGUACCGCUCAACGUUACAUACGACUUGGAGAAGGAAGACCCGAUGACACUCUCUGCAUCACUGAUCCAGGAGGACUUGGCCAUCAUGAUCGAAGGCAGCGAUGGCCGGUAUUACCUACAAGCAGGAGCGAUUAUCAUCCCAGGUUCAUGGAGACUAAGCGACAAGAUCGGCAUGCCUCUAGACGAGAUCCAUGUCACCGGCCAUGUUCCACAGUAUGAACGCAAGCUACACCUCAGCAUGUCCCGCUUCUUCCGCCGGCUGCCCCUGGACAAACCCGUCGUCCGGAACAACUACUCGUUCCAGCUCGUCCACCCUCCACUGUCCUCCACCACGACCGACCCUGAGAUCGCGCUCGACCCGACCGAGCUCGCCUGGUGCCGCACGAUCCACGGCGACGAAGAUCGCGACGACUUCGAGCGCCGGCAGAGCUCCGUACCGCCCCUUGAAGAAGCCGCAGGCAGCGCGCCCGUGGACCCGAACGAGGUGUUCCUGCGCUCGGAGAGGCAGACGUUGAGGCGGCUCCCGAGGACGGGCGCGAUCGCGUUCACGAUCAGGGUGUACCAGACCCCCAUCAUGGACUUAGCGAGGGAGCCGGGCGUACCAGGGCGGCUCGCGAGCGCGGUGAGGGGCUGGUCGGAGGAUGUUGCACAAUACAAAGGGGUCGAGAGGUAUAAGGACGUCUUGCCUUACCUAGAUGAACGCCAUAGAGAACAGGUGGAGGCGGGACUUAUCAAGGAAGACGAUCAUUCGUCUUCCUACCCGUUCUAACGACACAAUGAAUAUAAUUUAUACUGUAUUGACACGCGGAAGUAGUCAGGGUGCAUUCAGAUAAACGAGGUGUACGCUGAGACAAACAGUACCGAAGGUUGUUCGGGUUGUCCUUGACGUCAUGUCUUCAACAACCGAGUUGAUUUUCAGGAUUCGCCUAUUGAGCUUGCCGUAAGCUUAUCAUACAUACGUAGCGAACACGACGCAGAUAUGGAAGUCCAAUAAUACGGCUCGGAGAAUCCCCUCCAGUCGAAUCGCGUAAGGAAGCGCGACGGACUUGGGAUGAAUGCAUUGAGACUCCACUCACCCUUUCGCUUGAACAUGUUGAGGGGUUAUUGCGAGGUCGAGGCGGGAAGACGAUGACGACAUACUCGACUGCCAUGUCUCGACAGCCACCCGCAUGUUGAAUGGUGACAGCG